CCACCUGUCAGUGUCCAUCACUGCCAGCUCUCAGUGCUCAUCCAUGCCACCUGCCAGUGCCCAUCAGUGCCACAUCAGUGCCACAUUUCAGUGCCCAUCAGUGCCACAUCAAUGCCACAUAUCAGUGCCCAUCUGAGCUGCCUUUCAGUGUCACCCAUCAGUGCCAGUCAGUGCCACCUAUCAAUGCCAGUCAUCAGUGCCGCCUAUCAGUGUGCAUCAGUGCCGCCUAUCGGUGGCCAUCAGUGCUGCCUAUCAGUGCCGCCUAACAGUGCCAGUCAGUGCCACCUAACAGUGCCAGUCAGUGCCGCCUAUCAGUGCCAGUCAGUGCCGCCUAUC